AUGGACGUUUCUGCCGCGUCCUCGACUUCAACAUUAUUCGCGCUCGACUUUGACGGCGUCGUCUGCGACUCGGUCGGGGAAUCCUCGCUAUCCGCGUGGAAACACGGCGUUGAAUUGUGGCCGGAGUUGUUCGAGUGCGAACGAGCGAAUGAGAAAAAGGAUGAAGUUUUAGAUAAACUGCGAGCGGUACGACCAGUCGUGGAAACGGGAUACGAGAACACGAUUUUAGCGAGAGCGCUUCUGGAAAAUCUCGACGGGUACGACGUGGAAUCUAUCUUGAAAGACUGGCCUAUAUUGAGCGAAACGCUGAUGCAAAAAUGGCAGUUAGAUCGGAAAACGAUGGUGUUGGAGUUUGGUAAAAUACGAGACGAUUGGAUCCGUACGGAUUUUAAAUCUUGGUUGCAACCGAACGCGCUGUACGAAGACGUACCGGAAGCGUUGAGAUUUUGCACGGAGAGAAGAGACGCAAAAGUAACGAUUGUGACGACGAAACAAGCUCGGUUCGCGGACGCUAUUUUGGUCGAUAUGGGUGGAGUGAAGAUUCCCGAGGAGGAUUUGAUUAGCACGACGGUGAGCGGAGAACCGAAAGCGGACGUGUUGGUGCGGUUGGAGGAAACGUUUAACAAGGACGGCGCGUCGAGGAUGAUUUUCGUGGAAGAUAAGUUAUCGACUCUCAUUAAAGUCGCAAACGAUAAACGAUUAAGCAAAUGGGACUUGUUUUUCGUGGAUUGGGGGUAUAACACCGAAGACGAGCGACAAGUGGCGAAACACGAUUACAGGAUGAAGCUGAUUGGUAAAGAGGAGUUUUGCGGCUUGCUGCGAGAAGGAUAG